AUGGUUUGGUGUGAGUACCAGAACCAUCUAUCCUGCAUGGUUUGGUGUGAGUACCAGAACCAUCUAACCUGCAUGGUUUGGUGUGAGUACCAGAACCAUCUAACCUGCAUGGUUUGGUGUGAGUACCAGAACCAUUUAACCUGCAUGGUUUGGUGCGAGUACCAGAACCAUCUAUCCUGCAUGGUUUGGUGCGAGUACCAGAACCAUCUAUCCUGCAUGGUUUGGUGCGAGUACCAGAACCAUCUAUCCUGCAUGGUUUGGUGUGAGUACCAGAACCAUCUAUCCUGCAUGGUUUGGUGUGAGUACCAGAACCAUCUAACCUGCAUGGUUUGGUGUGAGUACCAGAACCAUCUAACCUGCAUGGUUUGGUGUGAGUACCAGAACCAUUUAACCUGCAUGGUUUGGUGCGAGUAUCAGAAAUGGUACUGGCCUCAUGGUCUGAAGACCUCCUGUGGGCCUGAUGUGUUUGGGGGGAACGAGGACCCGGGAGUGUGGUCCUACAUGGUCGUCCUGAUGAUCACCUGCUGCUUCUUCCCUCUGGCAGUCAUCAUCCUCUGCUACCUCGCCGUGUGGUGGGCCAUCCACUCUGUGGCCAUGCAACAGAAGGAGUCAGAGUCGACACAGAAGGCGGAGAAGGACGUGUCCCGGAUGGUGGUAGUGAUGAUCCUGGCAUACUGUUUCUGUUGGGGUCCGUACACCGCUUUUGCCUGCUUCUCUGCUGCUAACCCUGGCUACGCCUUCCACCCGCUAGCUGCCGCACUGCCUGCAUACUUCGCCAAGAGCGCCACCAUCUACAACCCAGUGAUCUACGUGUUCAUGAACCGACAGUUCCGCUCGUGCAUCAUGCAGAUGUUUGGGAAAGAGGUGGACGACGGAUCAGAAGUGUCCACCUCAAAGACAGAAGUGUCCUCUGUGUCUCCGUCGUAA